CGUAACUCAUCGUAUUAGAAUGGUUUGCUCAAAUGUGACAUCGUAACUUUCCUAGUAAGAAUGAAUACUUAAUGAUAUUCAUUAACAAACACAUGAAUAAGAUGAAAAGAAGGACAAGAUUACCUACCGUACCGAAGAAAGUACUAUUCUUAAAAUUACAGUUUUUAAAUAUUGCUACCAAAGAAAUUGUUAUUCAAAAGUUAAGAAAGGAAGUACAGAAAACAUUUACUGCAACCCAAAUUAAAUACCGUUUUCUACAAGCGCCUCAUAAAAAAACCGUCAAUAAAGACAAACUGUUUGAAUUCGCCACAUACAUGUGUAUUCAUCAGUUCAAACGCUCCAGUGGAGCUAGUUAUAUAGUGCGUACAAUUCGGUCAUUUCAGUCAUCGCAUAGCAGAACACCAUCCGUCUUGGUUGAACAAAAGAUAGGUAGAAGUGAUUUAGAGUUAUAUUCUCGCUCACUUGAUGGAUACAGGUCAUCAAGUUAACUUGAAUAAAGCUUUUAAGGUUAUCCAUCAUAUGCCAA